GGGGCAGUUUCAACAUGAUCGACCCACGAACGCGAAAAGGAAUACAGAACUGUAAGUUCUGGUAGCACGAUGACUUUACCGAGUGGGGAUCGCCGAUUGGUCAAAACGUUCUUUCUUACAGUUUCUUACAUGUCCUUUGAAGGUCCCCGUCAGGCCUCGCCAAUCUACGUGUAACGGGGCACCGUGAUUUGGCUCGAGAAGCCUGUGCUGGCAUCGUGUGAAAUGCGGUGGAGGCUUGAGCCGAGUCCUCAUGAAUUCCAAGUCGGAGACCUCGUUUGCGCGAAGGGCGACAGAGAGCGUUCUGUGGUGGAGGCGGAGGUGGCAGACGGCCUUCAAAUCAGGCGCCUCAGCGAUGCAAAGCUGCGCCAGGUAAGGCCUUCGCAGCUUGCACUGUUGCGGUCUAGGGAGGACAUGGGCUGCGACAUUGGCGUCAUUACGGCCGAGACCGACAUCUUUCGACAUAUGGCGAGAGUGUUGCCAGAAACUGGCGAUGUCGUGAUGGAGGUCGGUAGCGCCACAGGUGCGUGCACAGCGAUCCUCGCUCGCAGCUGCGGCAGCGAAAAUGUCAUCGGGAUCGACAUCUCCAUGCAGGAGGUCACACGCGCUCGGCUGGAGCAUCCUGACUUGCGCUUCGAGAACUUGGAUGUGCUGAAGGAGAAGGAGAGACUUCGAGAUCUUGGACAGGGAGUCUCUAUUCUUUUUGUUGACAUAGGUGGGAUCCGACAGCUUGCCGACUUGAUGCGCAUAAUGUAUGCCCUCCGGGCUGCGAUAUCCCCCAAGGUGCUCGUCAUCAAAAACAGGGAGUUGUGGACGUUGGUUCAGGGUGUGAUGCAGCGAGGCUGCUUGCGGGAAUUGAACUUCGAAAGGCUAGAGCACGAGCGCAUUUCGAGCGCAUCGCCCUACGAGUAUUGGCAGUUCUGGCGCAGCUGCGGCCUCGCCGACCUGGGUCGGUACUUGAGGGUUUUCUCGGGACUGCCGCCGGAGGUGAUCGACGAGCUGGAAGCAGCGGCCACUGCUUCGCGCAACCCUCACCAGGCGAAAGUGGUACUCGCCGAUAGCGCCACGAGCCGGUUCCACGGAAGCCACGUGCUGCCGGGCAUCCACGCCGCAGCGCGAGCAGCAUUCUGCGGCGGCGACUGCGCUGCGGACGAGCUGCCGAGUGUGAGGGCCGCUGUGGGCGUACGAUUGAUUGACCUCUACAUGCAGCUGGGCUUCGCAAAAUCGAAGAGGGAGGCACAGCGGGUCGUGGAGGCCGCGGGCGCGAAGCUCAACGGCCUCGUCGUGGACGACCACCGACGAGUCAUCACCGAGCCGGACUUCGUGGAGGGAAAGCUACGACUGUCGUUGGGGAAAUUCGAAGAAGAAAACAGAAACCAUAAACAUAAACUUUUGGCGCUCCGCGCGGAUUUAUUGGAUCCGCGCUGGGCCCCCCCCCCGCGACGCCUCCGGCGCCGUCCCUCGCUCCGCGCGCCAGGGAGGGGGUUCCAGCACAGAGCCAGGAAAUCCGCGCGGAGUGCCAAAAGUUUAUGUUCAUGGUGUUCCCUUUUUUUUCUAGGAAUGCAAGCAUGGCAUCGGGUUGUUGGAUGCAGCAUACGCGCCGUGCUCUGCUGAUCCGGAUGGAAAAAAACCCA